AUGGGCGUCACAUUGGAAAAAGAAAGGUACUUCGAUGGGGGAGCAAUGGAAAACCGUUGCAAAGAUCGUGCCACUCGGAUGGUGUUACGCAUGCUUGACCUUAGCAUUCAGGAUGGAUGCAUGUACGCGAAUGUCACGAUACUAGAGGUCAGAAGCCUAGAAGCUAUUUAG